UCUGUCAUCGUCAAUCCAGAGCCGCCACCCCUGCGGGCUUGUUGCGUGCAGCCGCUUGAGUACACAAGGCAAGUAGGACGUGGUCAGCUCCGUCGCUGCUUCGCGUCAUGACCUCCAUGGCCUUUGCCCGCGGCGCACAGAUGUAUCAGGUGAUGUCCCCAAACAUGCCUGGCCUGAUUCAGAAGAACAUGUGCAACAUGGGCGAGGUGAACUUGCCAAACUGCCAGGGCACGGGCUUUUGCCCUAUGGGCUCCAUGGACAUGAAUGUCCACACGGGCAUGCAUGUGGCGCCAAUGAAUAAUGGCAUGGCCCCCAUUGCCGUCUUUAUGGAUCCUCAGGGCAACAUCAUUACGACGAUGAGCAUGCCCAUGAACGUGGCCCCGAGCCAGAGCGAUGGCUCUGCGUGGUCAAGCCAGCAGAUGGCCUGGUCAGACUAUGGCUGGUGCAACUGGAGCACCGAGUCUGAACACAGCGAGACCAUUCCCGAGACCAAGCCCAAAGAUGACUUGCUGAAGCUUUCGUUGGAUCGCCUGGGCUGCUGGAAAGUCCAAGCGAUGAUCCCAAAGUUUACGAAUGCUGAGCUCGAGGACCUGGCUCAGCAGCUGAAGGGCCACGUGCGCGAGCUCAUUGAGAGCCCCCAUGGAAACCACGUCAUGCAGAAGUUCAUCGAGUACGCCUCACCCCACCGCCUGGGUUUCGUACUGCGCGAGCUGAUCGCAUGGGCGCCGGCGCAUUUCUUGGCGCAGCACCGCUUCGGCUGCCGCGUGUUGGAGCGGAUCCUGGAGCACUUCCCCGAGGAGCCCAUCGCCGGCAUGCUGAAGAGCCUCGUGGACCACACGGAGGAGCUGAUGGUGCACCGCUACGGCAACUAUGUCAUCCGCGUGUUGGCGGAGCAAGGCCCAGAGCAGGCCAAGGCAGCGGUGCACAACACGCUGCGCAAGCACCUGGUGCGCUUGGCAAGGAACGACAAGGGCUGCACCCUGGUGGAUGUACUUCUGAGCUAUGGAGAGGUGACAGAGCGGAAGCCAAUUGUCCAAGAGCUGAUCAAGGUCAAGGGCCUGGUGCCCUCCAUGCAGCGUCUCCGCAGCGCCACUGAUGCGCUGUGGCGUAUUCUCCAGAUCGCUGAGGAGAUGCCAGCCGCGAAUCUGCUCUUGCAGCGUCAGAUGGACAUCUGGUGCCGCAAGUGGCAGCAACAGUGAGCGCGUGUUCUCGAGACCGCGCCAGUGGAAUGAGCCCCAGGUCUGUAGGCUUGCAGUUGCAUGACGUUGCUCCGGCCAAGGCAUGUUGAUGUCUCCUUGAGAUCUUGAGCAUCUGAUGCCAUAAAACAUGAUAGUCAGGAUCUCUUCUGACCCCACA